CUUUUCUUUUCCUCUCAGUUUUCACUCACUUCUGGACUCUUCACUACACAUUCACUCAUUUCGCUAUUAUUAUUUUUUUUUUAAAGGAUUCACUCUCUCCUUUGACUCUCUCCAUUUUCAUCCAAUCUUUUUUGUUUGAUUUCAAGAAUGAAAAUAUCAAAGACACAGUCGUACUCUCUCUUGGCAGCCAUGCUCGCUGUUGCUGGCACAGCAGCUGCACAUCGUACUCGCAUCCAGCCAUUCGGCCCUGAGCUAGGCCACCAGCAGUACCACAUUGCUGGUUCAGCAUCUUCUAUGGCUGCCAUGACUCGUGGCGCUACACCUCUUUCUUCCUCUAUCACUAUGGAUGGCGAUGAUGUUGUAUCCUUCUUCUCAGGCUCGCCCGCCGACCCUAAGAAAGUGGCCACUGAUUUUGUGCAGCAACAGUUGACUUCGUCCGACUACGUUGUUAAGAACGCUUAUACAUCCAAACACAACGGUGUCACUCAUGUGUACCUCCGCCAGGUGAUCAACGGUCUAGAGGUAGUAAAUGGUGACAUCAAUGUGAAUGUGGACAAGGAUGGCAACGUCAUCUCGUUUGGUGAUUCAUUCUACAAAGGCAAUCACAACAACAUUGACAGCUUUAGCGUCCGUCGUAAUGAUGGUAAUAGCGAGUCGAUGACCAUUCGCGAAUGGCUCCAACAGGAAGGCGAGUCUCUUUUGGAGCAGGGUCGUCAGUUGGCCUUUGGUGGUCGAAGGCGCCGUGGAAGCCCUCAUCGCCAGAAUCCCAUCCGAGCUCCAGAAGGCAAAGAUGUGAAGUCGCCUCAAGAGGCCUUAAUGUCGUUUGCCAGAUUUCUCAAUAUCGAGAUUCCUCGUCCUGAGGAUAUGGACAUUGUCACGACUGUCUCACUCAACUCCGACAAAGUUGAAGUUAUGAUGACCAACUGUCCCCUCACUGCUGAUGGCAAGGUGCCAGUCAACCAAGCUUACAUUCAGACCGAGGAGGGCACUUUGGAGCUUGUUUACGACCUUCAGGUUGAGAUGAAGGAUACCGAUAACUGGUUUCAUGUCCAGGUCCACGCCGAGACUGGCAAGGUCAUGCAGGUUGUCGACUGGGUUUCGGACGCAACAUUCAAUGUUUAUCCCAUGGGUGUGAAUGACCCUGAGGAUGGUAAGCGUAAACUCGUUGUCAACCCAGAGCAUCCCAAGGGCUCACCUCUUGGGUGGAAUCGUCAGGCACAGAAUAAGAACUUCACCACCACUAUUGGUAAUAAUGUGUUCGCCGGAGAGAAUAGAAGGAAUGGAAGGGAUUGGGAGAACAACCCUAAACCUGAGGGCGUGCUUAGCAAGGAUGGACACCUCACAUUUGAUUUCAAGAUUGAUCUCAAGAAGGACCCUGCUACUUAUGUUGACGCUGCAGUCACCAAUCUGUUUUAUUGGAACAACCAAAUGCACGAUGUUUUCCACCAUUAUGGCUUUGAUGAAGAGUCUGGUAACUUCCAGGAGAAUAAUUUCGGACGUGGAGGCAUAGGCAACGAUGCUGUCAUCGCCAAUGCUCAGGACGGAUCUGGAUACAACAACGCCAACUUUGCAACACCUCCUGAUGGUCAGCACGGUCAGAUGCGCAUGUACGUCUGGGAUGUGACAGAAGUGCCACGCGACGGCGACCUUGAGAGCGGGAUCAUUAUCCAUGAGUAUGCUCAUGGUAUCUCAACUCGUUUGACCGGCGGUCCUGCCAACUCUGGAUGUUUGGGAUGGGGCGAAGCUGGUGGUAUGGGUGAGGGAUGGGGCGAUUUCUUUGCUACUCUAUUCCGUCAGAAUGAAAAGCACACCUAUGAGUCAGAGUUCGAGAUGGGCGCUUAUGCCAAUGGUGGUAAAGGAAUCCGUCGCUUUCCUUAUUCGACCUCGAUGAAAACUAAUCCUGAGACCUUCAAGUUUAUGGACGGUCCCGCCUACUGGGGUGUCCACGCCAAGGGCGAAGUCUGGGCUCAGAUGUUGUUUGAAGUAUACCAGAACCUGCGCCUUCGCCUUCCGUUCACAGAUAAUUGGUACACAAAGGACAAGACUCAUUAUGCCAACACUUUGGCCCUUCAGCUGGUAGUCGAUGGUAUGAAACUUCAGCCAUGCAUGCCUUCCUUCAUACAGGCUCGCGAUGCCAUAAUCCAGGCUGAGAAGAUUCUGACUCGCGGCAAGUACCGCUGUGAUAUCUGGAGGGGAUUCUCCAAACGCGGUCUGGGCACCAAGGCUAGGGUUAUUGGAGCUAAUUCGCCUUUUGGAAGUAUUCGUACCCAAAGUUUCGUUCUUCCGGUCGGCUGCGAAGAAUAAGGCUCUCUCGCACCUCUUUCUUCAUGUUACCAUGAAUAUUAGAUGAGUAGUACGUAUUUAUGUUUAAAAAUAACUUAUUCUUAAAUCCUACGGUUGGUAGCAAGGCUUGUAUUGAAGCGUAAAAUAAAUACUUUGCCUAGAGUGUGGAACAUUUGAC